AUGCUGUGUGGCAGGGCCAAAAGAAGAGAAACAGACAAAACAAGUGAAGUGAGCAAAAAGAAAGAAAAGUACGCCCGUAACACCGACCCACCAGCACAACACCUAAGACCUUCUUCUCAUGGAUUAACAGGGUUCACCGUUCGGCUGAGGAAGGGAGUCUCAGGAAGGCUGGAGCUGAAGUUAACCAGUGUGGGGAGGGUAGAUCACACUCAGAUGCCGCCCUGCCUCCGCUGGGUGUCUGGGUCUCACUCACCUCCCCAGGAGGUGUCAUGCUCCCCAUCCCCUCCAAAAAAAAACAAACCAGGUAUGUUUAAGUCCUAG